AUGGUGCAGCUGCCGAGUGGAGGCUACUGGCGCGCGGUUCUGGCCCUGGCCCGCAGCCCCAGGCUUUCGUUGGGGUACCGCUGGACCUCGGGCGGCCGAGAUCGCGCGCGGGAUCCCUUCGCCAGAGCGGGCGAGCCGGACAGAUUCGGGGGCGUCUCGGUGCGCCUGUCGCGGCUCGGCGCGCUGGACUGCCUGGACGCCGCCGCCUUCCAGAGGGGCUUGCAGGCAGCAAUACAGCAAUGGAGAUCAGAAGGUAGGAUAGCUGUAUGGCUGCACAUUCCCAUCCUACAAAGCCGAUUUAUUGCCCCUGCUGCUUCUCUGGGCUUCAGCUUUCACCACGCAGAAUCGGAUUCAUCAACACUGACUUUGUGGCUGGCAGAAGGGUCGAGCAGAUUACCAGGAUAUGCUACACAUCAAGUAGGAGUUGCAGGAGACACAGCAGUUCGAGAAGUUUUUGAAGAAACUGGUAUAAAAUCAGAAUUCAGGUCCCUCCUUAGUAUUCGGCAACAGCACACCAAUCCUGGGGCUUUUGGAAAGUCAGAUAUGUAUAUCAUCUGCCGCUUAAAGCCAUAUUCAUUCACCAUAAAUCCUUGCCAGCAUGAAUGCUUAAGAUGUGAGUGGAUGGAUCUCAAUGACCUAGUUAAGACUGAAAAUACAACUACUAUAACCAGCAGAGUUGCUAGGCUGCUGCUAUAUGGGUACCGAGAAGGGUUUGACAAGAUCGAUCUGACCAUGGAAGAACUUCCAGCAGUUUACACAGGACUGUUUUAUAAACUCUAUCACAAGGAACUGCCAGAGAUUUACAAAACUGUGACAGGAAUGGAUUAA